CAGUGCUGUUUCCUUGUUUCUUGUUUUGCUGGAAGAGCUUGCACGCUUUUUGCUGUAUGUGUAAUUUUGUCAACACAUUUACAAUAGUUUGAGAUUAGUGAAUAAAUCCUUCCACUCUAGAGCUACUGUUCUGCUUUACCCCUGACAAUCUUCGUUUGUGUACUCCAUGACUUCACGCCGGCCCGAGAGCUUUGAUGGCUUAGGUUAUAGAGGUAGGGAGGAUCCUGUUCAUGGAGGGGGAUACACGGGAAGGUCAUUUAAUAACUCAUCUAGCGCAGAUAUGCAGCACUGGGUAACGACACCACCCGAUAUUCCUGGGAGCCGAAACCUGCACUGGGGAGAACGAACCCCACAAUAUGAAUCAGCUGCAUCCACAGUCCCCGGUUCCGAAGAGACUCAGCAGAUUUCUACUGGACCAUCUGGUGAUCAGAUAAACAGGUUUGCUGGAUUUGGAAUUGGCCUGGCAAGUCUCUUCACAGAAAACGUCCUUGCUCACCCUUGCAUUGUAUUCCGUCGUCAGUGUCAGGUUAAUUAUCAUGCGAAAUGCUAUCAUCUCUCACCAUUCACUGCCAUCAGUGUCAUGUACAAUGUCACAAAAACACAGGGUCCAAAGGCUCUAUGGAAAGGAAUGGGAAGUACAUUUGUUGUCCAGGGAGUAACACUUGGUGCAGAAGGAAUUAUCAGUGAAUGCACACCACUUCCAAGGGAACUGUCUCACAAAUGGAAUCCAAAACAAAUUUGGGGACACCUAAUGCUUAAAAGUUUCACAUAUGUGCUUGCUAUGCCAUUUUACUCUGCAAGCCUAAUUGAGACUGUCCAGAGUGAAAUAAUCCGGGACAACCCUGGAAUCCUGGACUGCGUCAAAGAAGGCGUGGGCCGGAUGAUCGGAUUGGGAGUGCCCCACAGCAAGCGACUCCUCCCUCUCUGGACGCUGGUCUUUCCCACUGUCCUGCAUGGAGUCCUUCAUUACAUCAUCAGCGCGACGAUUCAGAAGCUGGUACUGUUUCUCUUGCGUAAAAGGAGCUCACCACGACGGGCAACAGAUGGAUCUGAGACCGUACAGACCAUGCUGGAUGCUUACUUCCCAGAACUAAUUGCAAGCUUUGCAGCCAAUCUCUGUGCAGACAUCUUGCUGUUUCCACUGGAGACUGUGCUGCACCGCCUUCACAUCCAGGGGACACGCACCAUCAUUGAUAACACAGACCUUGGCUUUGAGGUCCUCCCCAUUAACACACAGUAUGAAGGAAUGAGAGACUGCAUUAACAUCAUCAAUCGAGAAGAGGGAGUACUAGGGUUUUAUAAAGGCUUUGGGUCGAUCAUUGUGCAGUACUCGUUGCACGCUGCUGUUCUGCAGAUUACAAAAAUUAUUUACUCCAUGUUGUUGCAAAAUGCCUGAAAACAGAAGUGUACUCCUUCACUUAUUGUACAUUGGUCCUUUUGUAAAACUACUGAUUUGUUUUGGGCUGUGUGAAAUAAGUAAUUGCUAUGGACAUAUUUCAUCUACUAAUAUCCUCAGAGGUUUACUGGAAAAGAUACUUGUUUUCUCCAGGAGCAUUCGCUUCAUGGUUCAAAUCUUUGCUUUCAGUCAGUCACAUUUGUUUUUUAAAUUAUUUUCCAAAUUAAAUAUUUAUGUUUAUAAUCUUAAGUGAACUGGCAUUUUCAUUCAUCUUCUACCAUUUAUAAGUCUUGAUAUUUAUUGAAAUCCCCUUAUUAAGUAUAUUUAAUUUGCAAAUGAACAAUUUAACAACUACGGCUAACAGUUAUGAAAUAAGUAGUACUGAUUUUUGGCAAAGUUAUUCUUCAGUCUUUUACAUUUUCUAAUGUUCACAUUUUUCCCCCCACACAAAUGUCUUAGACUAAAUCAUGUGAACAUUCUGGGUGUCUUUUCCACAUACCAUAAAACGUACUCGGAAAAAGGUUUUAUGAUAUGAGAGUUCCUAAUGUGCCAAUCAUCUCUCUCACCCCUGUUAGCACAUAAUGAUGGUAUACUCUUUUUGAUGUUCAAAUCUUUGCGAAUUCUGAAAAUCUACAAUAGUGAAGAGCAUAGCUUCUGUCUCCUAUAAUGUGUUUGCACUUCGGGCCCUAAUAAAGUGGUACUUGUGGUAUUGGUAUUAGUUUUAUUUUUUGCAUCAAUGUAAAUUCAUUGUAAAUGUUUCUAUAAUAUGAACAUUGAUAUAGCACUGACUGAACAAAUGCACACUUUUCCAGUUGGAUUAAUGAAGUUCAGGGAUUUUAAUUAACAUACAAUGUUAUUUCCCCCUUUUACUGCUGCUUUAGCGUUUGUUGUUCGUGCUGCUUUAUGCUUAAAUGAUGUACAGCUCUGUGUUUAUUUGUGAACUCUUCCUCAAAUAAAUUUCUGCAAAUAUUU